CCCUGCAGUUAUGUGCUGGACCGUUUCAGGGGCCUCUUUUCACAGUCUACACCUUGGGUCUUGUCUGGUGUGGUAGAUCUGGGCCUCUAUGGCUCUGGUGCUCAGGACCUGCUCCUGUGCAGCCAGGAUGAGUGCCUCUGUGCUGUCCUUCAGCCCAGCCCUUUCAAGCCAUUGGUAGGAUUUGUUGAGAUCACCCACUUAUGUUCCGGUGGUACAUCCCGUGCAAGGGUUUGUCCUCCCAUGAUGGUCCCUCAUCCAGCAUCUCAUCCUCUGUUCUCCACUGCCUGAGACAUUCACUCAGCACGUCAUCUGUCAGAGCCUUAUCCUUGAUGUACUUAUGGAUCUUGGAUGUUUCAUCCCGGAUAGUGGCUCUCACGCUCACUAGUCCUCGGCCUCCUUCUUUGCGGCUAGCGUACAGUCUCAGGGUGCUGGAUUUGGGGUGGAACCCUCCAUGCAUGGUGAGGAGCUUUCGUGUCUUAACAUCUGUGGUCUGUAUCUCUUCCUUUGGCCACCUUAUUAUUCCCGCAGGGUAUCUGAUCACUGGCAGGGCGUGGCUGUUUAUUGCCUGGGAUUUGUUCUUGCCAUUGAGCUGGCUUCUUAGGACUUGCCUUACUCAUUGGAGGUAUUUGGCUGUUGCUGCUUUCCUUGUUGCCUGUUCAAGGUUGCCAAUCGCCUGUGGUAUUCCAAGGUACUUGUAAUUGUCCUCAAUAUCUGCUAUUGUUACUUCUGGGAGUGAGACCCCUUCUGUGUGGAUUACCUUGACUCUCUUUGUCACCAUCCUCCCAAAUUUCUCGAGCCAGAAUGGCAUCCCAAUGUCCGAGCUGUAGAUCCUGGUGGUGUGGAUCAGCGAGUCGAUGUCUCGCUCACUCUUGGCGUACAGCUUGAUGUCAUCCAUGUAGAGGAGGUGACUUAAAACUCAAUACCAUCCUUCUGGUAUUGAGUUUCAUCGUUCUGUGAAUUUGUAAUAAUAAAAUCUAAUGUUUCAUAAGUCCUGCAGUUUCCUUUUGACUUGUUGUGUUACAGGACAUGAUUCUGUAGUAUUUAGGUAUACAGUACUGUACAGUGUGUGCAUGUGAGAUUCUGUGACACAGGAAGUGACUAUUUAGUCUAAAACAUGAGCAUGUCAUGUGUGAGAGACAGUAAUGAAAUGUGACAGGCAGUGCAGCCCAGUUCAGAUCGCAGCCAGUUCAAAGCUUCAGAACAUCAGCAGUAACGAGCACUGACCUGUGUGAGUUUGUUACUGUGUUAAAGAGCCAACAGGAAUCGGAAUCAGUGAAGCUGAAACAGUUGCUCUCGUUCUGCCUAAUGUUUUUAACUUCAGUCUGAACCUCAGGAAAAACAAUAUAUCAGCUGAAGAAAUUUAUCUCAAAACCCUAAAACCUUUGUUCUUCCUUUGAGGAAAACAGUUUCUGUAAAUAUCUCAAGAAAACAGCACUAUUCUAGAGUCAUAAUUGUGGUGUUAUGAGUUUAUGAAUUUCUUUCAAAUACACUCUGUCUACAAAUGGAUAAUAAAUAAACGUGCUUACUCAGCUUUAGCUUUAGACUUUUUGAUUUUCUAGUUGUAUGUCUAAGACGCAAGUAGAUGAUUUACCUUCUAAGGAGUCUUCCUUAGAAAGUAAAUCAUCUACUUAUGUCUCAGACCCAAACCCAACUAAACUACUUAAUAAUGUUUACUUUUAAUCAGCACAUUUAUAUCAGUGAAAAACCUGUAUGAAUGUUUAUAUUUGUUAUACCACUGAAAUACCUCUAGUCACUAAUGAUCUUCUGACUUCAGCUGACUUGAGCUUCAGACAAUGUCUAGUUCCUGCUUGUGGAACCCUUCUUUGAUUAUAGCUGUGUUGCUGGAUCAACGACCAACCUUUGUUCUUUGUUGUGAAUUGGUGCUGUAUAAAAUCUGUAUAUAUAAAAUACUGAAUUGACAGAAUUAGAGAGCAGAGUGAUGCCUGGAGAGGAAGACCAGGAUGGAGCUUCAUGGUUCAUACCCAGAACACCCAGACCUCUGGGUGUUAGAGAUGGUCAGAAGACUCUCCAGGUCCAUCGUGUCACAGGAACUGAUCCAGAAAACUGAAUGAAUAGACUCCUUAGACUGAUUUUUCUUUGAUCUCAGGCUCAGUUUAAGUUGCUGCUCCUCCUGCUUCCACGACCUCAUUUUUCCUCCCCCUCCUCCUCUCUUUCUUUUCUAUCUCUUCUGGCUGUCUGGGAGACCAUUGAUCUUGUUAUAAUGUCUCAUGAGGACGACUGCUCGUCUCUACUGUCUCGGCUGGGUUCGGACUCUCCCCGUCCUCGGAUGAAGUAUGGAGGGAUGUUCUGCAGUGUUGAAGGUGCUUUUGAGAACAAAACUUUGAACUUUGAGUCCUUCAGUCCUCAAACGCAACGACACAGAGCCAGUCGACCCAGAAACAAUGAUCAGGACAAAUGUCUGGCAACCACAGGACAAACCAUGGUGUUCUUUUCAGGGCAGGAAAACUUUGGCAGGAGAGAGGGUGACCGUCUGAUCAUCAAAGGUGGAAAGGUCGUCAAUGAUGAUCAGUCGUUUUAUGCUGAUGUCUACAUUGAGGAUGGGAUCAUCAAACAAAUUGGAGAGAACCUGAUCGUCCCAGCCGGGGUAAAGAUUGUGGAUGCGUACAGUCAGCUGGUGAUUCCCGGGGGAAUUGAUGCUAACACUAACCUGCGCUCGCCGCAGAGAGGCCUUAACCCGGCUGAUGACUUGUACCAUGGAACCAGAGCUGCCCUGUCUGGAGGAACCACCACUAUCAUGGACCAUGUCCUAGUAGAACCUGGCUCUAGUUUACUGUCAGUGUUUGAACAGUGGAAGGAGGCUGGGGAGCAGAGGGCCUGCUGUGACUUCUCUCUGCAUCUGGACAUCACACGCUGGCAUGAAGGGCUCUUUGAGGAACUAGAGAUCCUAGUCAAAGACAAAGGUGUGAACGCCUUCUUGUUCUUCAUGGCCUACAAAGACAAAUACCAAAGCUCUGACUCUCAGCUCUACGAGGCCUUCUGUGUCCUCCGAGACCUUGGAGCCAUUGCCCAGGUACAUGCUGAGAACGGUGACAUCAUUGAUGAGGAACAAAAGAAGCUUCUUGGUCUCGGAAUCACUGGCCCUGAAGGACACAUUUUGUCUCAUCCUGAGGAGGUCGAGACAGAAGCAGUGUACCGGGCUGUCACCAUUGCCAAACAGGCAAACUGCCCAUUGUAUGUUACUAAAGUGAUGAGUAAAUCUGCUGCUGAUGUCAUCGCCAAGGCCAGGAAGAAAGGAAUGGUUGUGUAUGGGGAACCAAUCACAGUCAGCCUUGCAACUGACGGUUCUCACUAUUGGUCCAAAGACUGGGCCACAGCUGCUGCCUUUGUCAUGAGUCCACCUCUUAACUCGGAUCCUUCAACCCCACAGUACCUGACCUCUCUGUUAGCAUGUGGAGAUCUGCAGGUGACGUCCAGUGCUCACGCCACCUUCUCCACAGCUCAGAAAGCUGUUGGCAAAGACGACUUCACUUUGAUCCCAGAGGGAACUAACGGGAUUGAGGAGAGGCUGUCAGUGGUUUGGGACAGAGCAGUGGCGACAGGGAAGAUGGAUGAGAAUGAGUUUGUUGCAGUAACAAGCACCAACGCUGCUAAACUGUUCAACAUUUAUCCAAAAAAGGGACGGAUCGCUGUUGGGUCUGAUGCUGAUAUUGUUGUCUGGAACCCAAAGGACACCCGAACUGUUUCCGCAACCACUCACAACCUGAUGGUGGAAGUGAACAUCCUGGAGGGUUUUGAGUUUCGAGGCGUGGCGUCAGUGGUCAUCAGUGGUGGGCGAGUUGUUCUGGAGGAUGGAAAACUCAAUGUUACUGAAGGUUCAGGAAGGUUUGUCCCAAGAAAGGCAUUUCCUGAUGCUGUGUACAAGAGGAUUAGAGCUCGCAGCAAGAUGGCGGAGACUCGCGGUGUUCCCCGUGGAAGCUAUGACGGUCCGGUCCAUGAUGUCAUCAGUAUGAAUAAAUCAGUCCCCCCCACUCCAACCAGCAGAGGCCCCCCCUGUCCUAAAACCCAGACUGGCCCCCGUAACCUCCACCAAUCAGGAUUUACGCUCGCAGGAGCUCAGAUCGAUGACCACAUUCCUCGACGUUCUGCUCAGAGGAUCGUAGCUCCUCCUGGUGGUCGCUCCAACAUCACGUCUUUAUCCUAAAGUACAGGAUGCUGGAUGCAAGUACUGCAAAAUACAGCAGAACAAUAAUGCAACCUCACCACUAAAAGUACUAAUAGUUGUACUUCAAUUAAUACUGAGCAGCCUGGAACUGCACCCUAAAAAGAACCAUUAAUAAAGUCUAAGAAACAUUUAAAACCUUGCAGAUUCACUACACCUCAAUAUGUGUGGUGCCUUCGGUAACACUGAUCCCAACAAGCGGAAUGCAGCAGUAGGAGCAGAAGUAUCAACACUGCAGCUUAACAACUAUUUAGAAAACUAUUUUACAGCUAUAAUACAUUUUAAUCCAAAGCACUGUGCGCUGAUGUUACAACCCCUCAGCAGCACACCAAGCUACUAACACCUCUAAAAGUCAUAUGAUUCCUGAAAAAAGUUACUGUUUGAGUUCUCAUUAGCCAGUACACAUUUAAACUGGAAUUACAGUACUGGUGAAACCUGCUGUGGUCGAACGCUCCCAAAAUCCAUUUGGGUUGUUAAAAAUUUUAGCACCAUUUCUUCCUAAACUGAUUUGUCUGAUUGUAAUUGUAUUCAUAUAAUGUAGCACUACGACCAGUUGAGACUGUAGAGUAUAUUAAGUAUAGAUGUGGAAUUUUCUUUUCAUGCCUCCAUUUUAGUUAAAGCAUAAUAGUCCCAGAUCCACGUAAGUCUAUUACUGUUGGUUUCAGUUUGAAGUUCCAACUGUUUUAGCAGCCCAGUGACCCAGCUGAGAUGAUGGUGGCAAAGACUGGCAGAACUGACACAAAGGAAACAGAAGUAUGUUGGUUGAGCUUAUUUUUGGGACAACUCAAUCAACAAGAUUGAGACAAGAACGAGAUUGGCUCAAGUCACAGCUACAACCUGUGACUCUAUAACAUCUGAAAAAGAAGCAUUAACACUGUGGGCUGCAAGUUUAGAGUCAAUGUGAACUCAAUAAACGGAGCCACUAAAGACAAAGGAAGGGGAAGGAGUUAGUGGCUGUGAUAGUGCUAUGACAGCUAGGGCAGGAGCCAACUGAAGCUACUUGGAUAAGGAUGAUAACAUUGGUUAUGACCUGUGAUGCCCAAGUCAUGAACCACACAUUAAUGAGCUGAUCCUGCUGAUGACCUCUGACCCCCCAAAUUUUUAAUAGUGUGUUUGAUUCGUAAAAAACUUAAUUUGAUACAUGAUUGUUUUGUAUUUUUACAAUUUUAUAUCCUGCAGUUUAAGCUUAGCAUCUGUGAUCUUAGUUAGAUCUUGUCUGUCCUGCAUUCACAGUCGCUAUGUUUGUAUGAAGUUGCUGCUAUGGUAACAGAGUUCUUAUGAGUAGGUUCAAUGCCUAAUAUGCUGGCUGUGCUCUUUGCAGGCUGAACAGUUUCUGUAGCAUGGAAGUGUUUAAAACUGAUGUAGACUCUUCAUACACAGUGAAGAUACUGUAUGUGUACAAGUGUGGUUACCAUGGCAACAGCACAUCUGGUGUUGUGAAUGUUAUACUUACAGUAGUGAUAAAGGUGCAUGAAUAAAUAGUGAAACUGCAAGUUGCAACAUUUGUCUUUAUUCACAGCUUUAAAUAAAGGCAGUGUUUCAUCGUGACGUUAA